AUGGCUCGUUUCCUAACUUUGGUGGCUCUGCUGAGCCUAAUUGCGCAAGGCCAUGGCCAUCCAUGCGAUGUGAAGUACCCUCCUCAGAUGAAACCAGUAGAGACCAGGCAAUUCAGCAAAAGCCGCGGCGCCGUUGCCUGCGAAAGUGAAAUAUGCAGUACGAUUGGCAUAAAUAUCCUGCGGGAGGGCGGCAAUGCAGCUGAUGCCAUGGUCGCCACCGUUCUUUGCGUAGGAACAGUCGGCAUGUACCAUUCUGGUAUCGGAGGCGGCGGCUUCAUGCUCAUUCACAAACCCGAUGGCAAGAAUGAAUCCGUGCCCUACGAAUUUGUCGACUUUCGCGAAACGGCGCCUGCAGCAGCUACUGAGAACAUGUUCAAGAACAACGUGAACGCCAGUAUUUAUGGAGGACAAGCGAGUGGCGUACCAGGUGAAUUGAGAGGUCUGGAACACCUACACAAGAGCUAUGGUCGUUUACCUUGGUCGAAGCUCGUCCAGCCAGCAAUUGACGUCGCCCGCUACGGAUUUCCAGUCAACAACGAUACUCUCAAGUUCAUGAAGAUGACGUACAGCAAGGCCGAGAACGAGAGCUUUCUUUUCAGCGAUCCAGCGUGGGCAAUUGACUUUGCACCUGCUGGAAAACUACUCAAAUUUGGCGAGAAGCUGACACGGAAGAGAUAUGCCGAUACGCUCGAGAUCAUUGCCUCCAAAGGAGCUGGUGCUUUCUACGAGGGACCCAUUGCCGAUGCGACUAUAAGGACUUUGAAGCAGAAGAAGGGUAUCAUGACGACGGAUGAUUUGAAGAACUACUCCGUGGCGAUUCGAGAGCCUUCUCAGAUUAACUACCGAGGUGGAAAGAUUACCAGCGGGUCGGCCCCUUCAAGUGGUGCCGUCGUCGCAGCUGCGCUGAACAUCCUCGACGGCUAUGACUUCCUUGGUGAUCCCAGAAGAGUCAAUGACAGCGCUUAUCUGCUUGACGAAGCAUUCAAGUUCGGCUACGGAAUGCGAAGCAAUCUCGGCGAUCCAACCUUUGUCAAAGGUCUAGUGGAGUAUCAAGCUGAGAUGUACUCAAACAAUACCGCGCAGGAAAUCCGCGCCAAACUAGACGGACGUGCUCUUGCUGUUAAAGAUUAUGACCCCAAAGGCCUUGAGAGCCUGGACACCCCCGGAACUUCACACAUCGUCACCAUGGACAAUUCUGGACUUGCCAUCUCCCUCACGACUACGGUCAACCUCAAUUUCGGUUCGCAAGUCAUAGUUCCCGAAACUGGCGUUAUUAUGAACAACGAGAUGAACGACUUUAGUAUCCCCGGCCAGUCAAACGCUUUUGGAUUCAUCCCCAGCGAGGCCAAUUUCAUUAAACCCGGAAAACGUCCUCUUUCUAGUAUAAGCACCACCAUUGUCGAAGGACCUGACGGAAAGGUUUCGUUGGUGACAGGCUCUGCUGGUGGUAGUAGAAUCAUCACUGCUACUGUCCAGGUGGUUUUGAAUGCGCUAGAGAAGAACAUGACAGUUCAUGAUGCCCUGGCCGCGCCUCGCCUGCAUGAUCAGCUUGAGCCGCGACAAGUCACCUUCGAAUAUGCUUAUGACAAUUCUACGGUUGCUUAUUUGAAGGAGAUUGGAAACAACGUCACUUGGGUUGCGCCUGGGCAGAGCACUGCUCAGGCCUUAAGAAGAUUGCUUGAUGGGACAUUUGAAGCUGCCGGUGAGCCUAGACAGGCGAACUCGGGAGGAUUCUCAACUUGA